CUUCGCGGCAGUCCGCCAAUAGUUUUGCGGGGUGUGAGCGCAGGGCGAGAUCCUCACUUCCUGGUUAAAGAUGGCGGACGAGAAUGAGACAGCACCGCAGCCGGAGAAAGAAACGGAGGUAGAAGUGGAUCACGGACACUGCAGCAAUUGUGAAAAUGAAGAGCACCACUCUGAUGACGGGUAUUUCAGUUACAGAGAGACUGUGAUGUCACAUGGCUGCAUUGAGCCAGAUAAAGACACCAUACGAGAUGAACCCUACAGCCUCCCGCAGGGCUUCACCUGGGACACUCUCGACCUGGGAAACCCUGCAGUGCUGAAAGAGUUGUACACUCUCCUGAAUGAGAACUAUGUGGAGGAUGAUGACAACAUGUUUCGUUUUGAUUACUCCCCUGAAUUUCUGCUCUGGGCUCUGCGUCCUCCAGGCUGGUUGCCUCAGUGGCAUUGUGGGGUGAGAGUGAACUCUAAUAAUAAGCUAGUUGGUUUCAUCAGUGCCAUACCAGCCAACAUCCACAUCUAUGAAAUAGAGAAGAAGAUGGUGGAGAUUAACUUCCUGUGUGUGCAUAAGAAACUUCGCUCGAAACGAGUGGCUCCGGUACUCAUCAGGGAGAUCACCAGACGGGUCAACCUGGAGGGCAUCUUUCAGGCUGUGUACACCGCAGGUGUGGUGCUGCCCAAACCAGUGGGCACCUGCAGAUACUGGCACCGGUCCUUGAACCCACGAAAGCUGAUUGAGGUGAAGUUCUCUCACCUGAGUCGAAACAUGACUAUGCAACGCACCAUGAAGCUCUACCGACUGCCAGAGGCUCCUAAGACUUCAGGCCUCAGGCCGAUGACUGUAAAGGAUGUGCCAGCAGUUCACCGCCUGCUGAAGGAAUAUCUGAGUCUGUUUAACCUGGUUCCCGUCAUGAGCCCUGAGGAGGUCCAACACUGGCUGCUUCCUCAGGAGAAUAUCAUUGACACCUUUGUAGUGGAGAAUUCAGACGGGAAGCUGACUGACUUCCUGAGUUUCUACACUCUGCCGUCCACCAUCAUGAACCAUCCUGUGCAUCGCAGUCUGAAGGCUGCGUAUUCCUUCUAUAACGUACACACCACCACCCCCCUGCUGGACCUGAUGGGAGACGCUCUUAUCCUCGCCAAGUCGAAAGGAUUUGAUGUCUUUAAUGCACUGGACCUAAUGGAGAACAAGACAUUUUUGGAGAAGCUCAAGUUUGGCAUUGGAGAUGGAAACCUGCAGUAUUACCUCUACAAUUGGAAAUGCCCCAGCAUGGGGUCAGAAAAGGUGGGUUUGGUUCUACAGUGACCCAUUCCACCAUCCAUAAUCUGUGUCUCGCAUGACAGCGAGGCGGAUUUAUGACAUCCUGCACUGACCAUCUGACAGAUGCUACCAAUGGACUUCCUGCUUCAGGAAGGAGUAUUCACCGGCCAUUUUUAAGUUUGAACUUUGACCUUUUGGACCUGCACUACUGCUGCCAGACUGAGAGAAGAUGUGUUCUCUUCUCUCUUAUUUCUCUCUCUUUCCCUCCCUCACUCUUCUUCUUAUUCUCUCUCUGCGCAUGGACCUAAAGCCAUUGUAAUUACCAUCAUCAGAGAUGAGGAACCUUAAUCUGUUAUGAUUGUUAACAACAGUGCACACACACA